AUGGCGAGCAGUCUCAUUGAGGAUGUGGUGAGGAAACUAAGUGCCUCGGAAACCGAGCCCCGGCUCAAGGUCGAAGCGGCAUGUGCCCUGCGCGACAGCCUCGAUCAUUACACGGCGGGCCCCAGCUACACAACCUUCCUCAAUCGAUUAAUGCCCAUAUUCAUCCACAUACUCCGCCAGCCAUGCGUCCUCAACACCUACCUCGCCGAUCAGGCCAACACGCAGAAGUUGCGAAACUGCGUGCUCGAGAUCCUGCACCGGCUGCCGACGUCACAAUCCCCGCCCGAGCCGUUUGAGAAAUUCGCCGAAGAGACUGUGGACCUCUUGAUGCAGCUCGUCCGUAACGACAACGAGGACAAUGCUGUCUUAUGCGUCAAGAUCAUCUCGGACAUCAUGCGGCACCAGCACAAGGCAAUGGGGAACAAGGUCCAGGCAUUCCUGUCCUUGAUUCAGGAAUUGUUUGAGCAAGUAGACAAGGUCGUCCGCGAGCAGCUGGACAACAUCUCCUCGACUGCGGCACCGGUACCGCCGUCCACACCAGGCAGCACGCAGACCACGUUCCUGCCGCAUCAGCAAUCCCCGAGGGCUGGCUCGCCGGUUGCCGCAGGAGCCCCCGAUUUUAUCGCCGAUGUCAACCAGCCGUCAAACCGCCCCCUGCUACGGGGGAUGCAAUCCUUCAAGGUCUUGGCCGAAUGCCCCAUCAUUGUCGUUUCGAUAUUCCAGGUCCAUCGGCCGAGUGUCACGAACAAUGUAAAAGCAUUCGUGCCCUUGAUCAAACAGGCGCUGCUCUGCCAAGCCAGGGCCCAGGACCAAGCGCACAAGGACGCGGCCGCGCGCGGUACCAUCCAUACCGGCGUCAGCCCCAAUAUCAAGAACCGCGCUGCGUUUGGGGAGUUCAUCACCGCCCAGGUCAAGACCAUGAGCUUCCUGGCCUACUUGCUCCGGCAGUACUCUGGCAAUCUCACGGACUUCUUGCCGUCACUCCCUGAGAUCACGGUCCGCCUCUUGAAAGACUGCCCCAGAGAAAAGUCGGGAGCCAGAAAGGAGUUGUUGGUAGCUAUUCGGCACAUCAUCAAUUUCAAUUUUAGGAAAAUCUUUCUUCCCAAGAUCGACGCCUUGUUGGACGAGAGGACGCUCAUCGGGGACGGCUUAACGGUUCAUGAGACCAUGCGACCCCUCGCGUACAGCAUGUUGGCCGACCUCAUCCACCACGUCCGCGAGAGCCUCACCCCCGAACAGAUCCGGAAGACGGUCGAGGUCUACACGCGAAACCUCCAGGAUAACUUUCCGGGGACCAGCUUUCAGACUAUGAGUGCGAAACUGCUUCUGAACAUGGCCGAGUUCAUCGCUCGGAUGCCCAACAAGGUUGAUGCGCGCCACUACCUCAUCAUGAUCCUUAAUGCCAUUGGCGACAAGUUUGCCGCCAUGAACAGGCAAUACCCGAACGCGGUCAAGCUCUCGAAACAAUAUGCUCAGCAGGCGGCCGACGAUGCCCGAGAGACCUACCUGUCCGAUAGGGAGCAUCCGCCAGAAUGGGACGAAGUUGACAUUUUCAAUGCCAUGCCGAUCAAGGCGUCCAACCCCCGGGACCGCGCCGCCGACCCAGUUGUCGAUAACAAGUUCCUUUUCCGCAAUUUGAUGAACGGCCUGAAGAACACCUUCUACCAGCUGAAGAGCUGCAACCAGCCAGGGGCCGUGGAUCUGACCGGCGCCCCCGCGCACUGGACUGACGUCGCCUACGGCUUCACAGCCGAGGAGGUCAAGGUCAUCGUCAAGCUGUUCCGCGAAGGUGCUUACGUAUUCCGAUACUAUGAGAUAGAGAAGCCAGCAGCCGAGUCGCCAUACAGCUCGCCCGUCGAAUACAUGGCGAACUUCUACAUGAUUUCGAGCAGCAAGGAAGAAAAGGACCUCCUCGAGACCUUUGCGACAGUCUUCCACUGUAUUGAUCCUGCCACAUUUCACGAGGUGUUCCAGCAGGAGAUUCCACGACUUUACGACAUGAUUCAUGAGCAUACCGCACUCCUCCAUAUACCCCAAUUUUUCCUUGCCAGCGAGGCGACCUCGCCCAGCUUCUGCGGCAUGCUGCUCCGCUUCUUGAUGGAACGCAUCGAGGACGUGGGCUCCGCCGACAUCAAGAAGUCAUCCAUCCUCCUUCGACUCUUCAAGCUGGCGUUCAUGGCUGUCACCCUCUUCGCAGCCCAAAACGAACAGGUGCUUUUGCCACACGUCGUCGACAUCGUGACCAAGUCCAUCGAGUUGUCGACCAAAGCAGAGGAACCGAUGAACUACUUCCUUCUGCUCCGAUCUUUGUUCAGGAGCAUAGGGGGCGGGAAGUUUGAGCACCUUUACAAGCAGAUCCUGCCGCUCUUGGAGAUGUUGCUCGACGUCCUCAACAACCUUCUCUUGGCUGCCCGCAAACCUGCCGAGCGGGAUCUCUAUGUGGAGCUCUGCCUUACCGUUCCAGCCCGGCUUAGUAACCUCCUGCCGCAUCUCAGCUUCCUGAUGCGUCCCUUGGUAGUGGCGUUGCGAGCAGGUACGGAUCUGGUUGGUCAAGGACUCCGGACUCUCGAGCUGUGCGUCGAUAACCUCACUGCCGACUAUCUAGAUCCAAUCAUGGCCCCCGUGAUUGACGAGCUGAUGACGGCUCUCUUUGACCACUUGAAGCCUCACCCCUACAGCCAUUUCCACGCCCACACCACCCUCCGGAUUCUCGGAAAGCUGGGUGGCCGAAAUCGAAAGUUCAUGACGGAUGCGCUCCCGGUCACCUUCCAACAAUACGUCGACGAUCGGUCGAGUUUCGAUGUCCGGCUCAUUGGGUCGAAGAGGGACAGGGCUUUCCCGGCGCAUCUCGGGAUUGACCUGGCCAUCCAAAAUCUGAUGGAGGUGCCGAAGCCAGCUAAGGGGCCGUCGCCAUCGCUGUCGAAGCAAUACGACCCCUAUUAUAAGAGGCAGGCCUUGCACCUCAUCAUCGCUCAGGUCAAGUUGCGGGUUGGCUUUGACAGCCUGCCCGACGAUUUUCCCCGCCUUGUUCGCCUCCAGGUCCAGGACCUGAUCAAUCGCAACAAGGCCGUCGAGGUCUCCAUCUUUGAGACCUCCGACCGUGAGCGGUCAACGGCCAAGAAGGACGACGAGGAAAACCUGCUCAAGCGCCUGAUCAAGGCCCUCAUGUUCGCUCAGUCGAUUCCCGAUUUCAAAGCCGAGGUGGAUGCGCUGCUCCUUAACCUGGCUCGCCACUUCACCAUCCUCGAAGUCGGGCGGGCGCUGGCCGACAUGAAGAGGGCUCAUAGUCCCUUCGAUACAAAGUCGGGUGAAGGUCUUCUCUUUCUCGAUAGCCGGGUCCUCUCUGAUGCCAUACUGGAGUCCAUGGCCUCGGAUAGCCCGGACGUCCGCGAUGCCGCUGAGCGUCUGGUGAAAGAAAUGUACAACUCGGCCGUCAUCAUCUUCGGGUCGCCCGCACACGUCGCCCGCCUGACCUUAUUCAACAGCCUAGCAUCCACUUUUUGCCACGGCUGCUACGAAGAGGAGUGGUUCACCAAAACAGGCGGAACCUUGGGGAUCAAGGCCCUGCUGACUGACGUCGAUCUUGGCGACGCCUGGGUGGCGACCAAGCAGAUCGAGUUUGUCCGCGCCCUCAUCUAUGUCGUCAAGGACAUGCCCCUAGACCUACCUGAAAAGACGAGGAGGUCGGCACAGGUCGCCCUCGAAAUCCUCCUGACGAGGCUCACCAAAAACAUCACGAAGGCGGACUGCUUACCCGCCCCGCCGUCAGCGGCACCGCAGCCGCCGCAGCCGCCGCAGCCGCCGCCGAAACAGUCUCGCAUCGCCCAGAUCAUUAUGAUUCUCAACGGGGAACUUUCCCAUAUGAACCGCCACGUCCGAGACACGGCAAGGAGAUCUCUAGAGCUGAUUGCCAAGGCAGCCGGGGCCGAGGUCUGGGAGCUCCUCGAGCCUCACCGCAAGCACCUGCUACAACCUAUCUACGCAAAGCCCCUCCGCGCUCUGCCUUUCGCCAUCCAGAUCGGUUUUAUCGAUGCGGUCACCUACUACAUGUCGUUGAAGCGAGACUUUGUUGCUUUCGAUGAGAACCUCAACCGACUCUUGAUGGAGUCGUUGGCGUUGGCAGACGCAAGUGACGAGUCGCUGGCGGGGAAGAUGCUCGAAUUCAGGACGCACAACUUCAUCGUAAAUCUGCGCGUCUCUUGCAUCAACAUCCUCCGCAGUGCAAUGGGCUUCGACGAGUUUGGGGGCAGUGUCAACAACCCGACUAGGGUCAAGGUUGUGUCGGUGUUCUUCAAAUGCCUGUACUCCGAUUCCCCGCCGACCAUCGAAGCAGCCAACGACGCGCUGAGGUCGGUGUUGCUACAGACUAGCAAACUGCCCAAGGAUCUCCUUCAGUCCGGCCUCAGACCAGUUCUCGCCAGCUUGCAGGAUGCUAAGCGCUUGACGGUUCACAGCUUGGACAACCUCGGUCGGUUACUACGGCUAUUGACGACCUACUUUAAAGUAGAGAUCGGCGCGCGUCUUCUCGAGCACGUGAAGCAGAUUGCCGAGCCAGGCUUUCUUCAACAGGUUUCAUUCACCUUCUUCGAGCAGCACACCUCCCUGAAGGUGAUUGCUGCCGUCUUUAACAUAUUUCAUCUGCUCCCCGAAGCCGCCAAGCAGUUUAAGGAGCGUGUUAUUGAUAAUGUCCUGGACCUGGAGGAGAAGCUGCGCAGGACGCAUCACAGCCCGUUCCGCGUCCCCUUGUACAAGUAUCUCAACAAGUACCCGUCCGAUAUCUGGGCUUUCACUCUCAACAAGCUCGAGGAGCUGAAGUAUGGCCGGUUCCUAUCCCAGGUGCUACGGCACCCAGACAGCCAAGUCCUCCGAGACUAUGGCGCUGCGAACGUCGAGUUCAUCAUUAAGACGUGCAACAACUCGAUCAACCAGGGCAAGGACACCAAGUUCAUCGCCACCAUCAAUACCAUCAACAUGCUGGACGCCCUUUGCCAGUUUCCCAACACCUUGUCAUGGCUAGACAACAAAGAUUACAUCGAUUGGCUGAAGCAAGUUGGGAAGGAGCUUGAGCAAAAUCUGAAGGCGAACACAUUACCACCGAGCCUGCGGCUCCCGGCCGACCAAGCUUCUGAACAGCUCAUCGCCAUCCUGACCAAAGCUCUGGCCCGGAAUCCCAAGGAGCUAGACCCGCUCUUUGGUCUCGUCGAGUCCAUCACAGCCGACGACUUCCGUGAAACACCAGCCUUGGUGUCUCACAUCUACAAGCACAUCAUCUGCAGCGACUCGAUUGAGUUCUGGAGGACCGCUGUGCUCCGCUGUCUUGAGAUCUACGCGGGGAGGAGCGCAUCACAGCGGACAAAGUGGUAUCUGCUCCACAAUAUCGUCAACCCCAUCGUCGCCAUGGACGUGAUGCGGCACUGGAAUCGCGGCGAGCCGAGCAAAGGCCCACGGUUCCUCGACAAGUCCAUCAUCGACUCGAUCAACACCAAGAUCUGGAAGGUCAACCUGCCUGAUCCACAGGAAGACUUGUCGCAUCCGCGUAUCGACCACACCCGCAUGGAGGUGCUUCAGCUCUCGGCCAUGAUCGUCAAGUAUCACCACACCAUCCUUCAAGAUGCUCGGAAGGAUUUCAUCAAGUUCGGUUGGACCUACAUUCGACUCGACGACGUUAUCAACAAACAUGCGGCGUAUGUGGUCAUUGGCUACUUCAUCGCACACUAUGAGACGCCAGCCAAGAUUGUCACCCAAAUCUACAUCUCCCUCCUGAAAACGAAUCAGAACGAGGGCCGGGCGCUCGUUACGCAAGCGCUGGAGUUGAUGGCACCAGUUAUGCCAAAGAGGUGCAACGCGGCACUCACUGAGCGCAAUCCCGUCUGGGCAGUCGCGGCGCGCCGUAUCCUCUCAGAGGAGAGCCAGAACGUCCAGCAGAUGACGUGCAUCUUUCACUUCCUCGUGCGGCACCCGGAUUUGUUCUAUCACACUCGAGACAAGUUUGCCAUAUUGAUCAUCCAGUGCCUCCGCAAAGUGGCAUCACCUCCCAACCCAUCUAAUGAGAGCCGGAAACUCGCGCUCAACAUGAUGUGGUUGAUAUGGCAGUGGGAGGAGCGACGCGUGGAGGGGAAGAUGAGCGAGCCCCUCCGCGCUGUCACCGAGUCACCCGGCACCAGGAAGCGGAAGCUGGAGGACCCGCAGGCAUCUUCCCCUUUGGCCGCGCGUCAACCGGUCAAGGCAGAAUUCCAAAUCCCUCCUUUGGUCCGCCAUAAGAUGGUUAAGUACCUCGUUGAAUUCAUCGCCCAGUUGAAUGAGCGGUACCAGCUUCCGUCCGCCAAACCACGCGAUCCGGCCGCGCUGGCGCUUCCCUCGCCGACGACGGAGCUCUGCAAGAGGGCCAUGACUUUGUUAUACAAUCUCCUUCAGCCGCAGUACUGGGGCGACCUGGACGUGGACCUGUUCCCCAACGUCACCGACGUGGUCCUGGCCAGCACCAAAUCUGCAGGCCUCCUGUCGGCCGAUCCGUCGGACACGGACAAGUACGAUGAUAAGUUCAUCACCAAUAUCAUCAACACCCUGCAGGUGGUCCGUAUCAUUCUCAACUUCAAGUCCGACGAAUGGAUUCUGAAGCACAUGGCCCACGUGCAGAAGAUCUUGGACAAGUGUUUGAAGUCGGAGAAUCCCGAGAUCCAGGACUGUCUAAAUAUGGCUGACAAGGACCACGACGGCGGCCGCGAGAUCAAGCCGAUCGUGAAACGUAUCCUGGAUGCGAUCCCAGAGGACGUCCCCAUGGAGGAUGCGGAUACCGAUGGCGAGUCGGAAGCGCAAACCUCGGAAGUCAUCACCUUCCUCUCGGGCAUUGCCACGGAGAGCAUGGCUGCGUCGAACUACGUCUCCGGCAUCAACAUCUUGUGGUCACUCGGAUCCCGCAAGCCGUCCACCAUUGACCAGCACAUAACCGCCAUCAUGAAGUCGCUGCAGUCAAAGCUUGCCCGGGACCACGUCUCUCACUACGCGGCACUGGUGCACCAAGCCAGCGGCAUCCGUCCGCAGCAAGACCCGAACGCGGCGACCGAAAUGAAUCCCUAUGACCUCGAGAUCCAGACGGGCCUAAUCCUCAAGGCGAUCGAGGUCACAGCGAUGCGCAUGGAAAUCCUAGGCGACAACAGGCGGCCCUUCCUCAGCGUCCUAGCAACCAUCGUCGAGAAGUCACUCCAUGUGGGUCUCUGCGAGAAGAUCCUCGAGAUGGUGGAGGGUUGGGUCUUCCGGUCUGAAGGCACAUGGCCCACGCUUAAGGAGAAGACGGCGGUACUGCACAAGAUGAUAUCGUUUGAGCACCGCGCCGACCCGACCAUGUUGAUGAAAUUCCUCGAGCUUGUCCUCCGCAUCUACGAAGACCCCAAGAUCGCUCGGACCGAGCUGACGGUGCGUAUGGAGCAUGCCUUCCUUAUCGGCACGCGCGCUCAAGACGUUGAGAUGCGCAACAAAUUCAUGACCAUUUUCGACAAGUCCCUGUCCAAAACAGCGAGUGCCCGGUUGGCGUAUGUCAUUCUUUCGCAGAACUGGGACACACUGGCGGACUCAUAUUGGUUGGCGCAAGCAUCUCAACUUCUCUUGGGCGGCGUCGACAUGAAUCCCGUCAUUCAACUGCAUCAUGAGGAUUUCCGGACCCUGCAACUCUCUCAACUCCUGGGUAGCUACUCCAAGGACAGCCGCGAGCCGACCAGUAUGAGCGACGACAAGUACGAGUCGUUCAUGACAAAUCAUCGGCGCUUUGUGGGGGAGCUUGGCGACAUCAGGGUACGGGACGUCCUUGAGCCCCUGACGCAGCUGCAACAUGUCGACUCCAACUUUGCGAACGACCUCUGGGUGGCCCUUUUCCCGAUGUUCUGGUCCGCGACGGCCAAGGAGGACAGAGCCGAUCUCGAGCGCGGCCUGGCGGCGCUGCUCACCAAAGACUACCACGCGCGCCAGCUAGACAGGCGGCCGAAUGUGGUUCAGUCACUGCUAACCGCGGGCGUGAAGACGUGGCCACACUGCAAAAUCCCGCCGCACAUUCUCAAGUUCGAGGCCAAGACGUACGACACUUGGUACACGUCGCUCUACCAAAUGGAGAACUCGGCCAUCAAGCCUGAGAUCGACUCCGCAACCGUACGGGAAAGCAACCUGGACGCCUUGGUCGAUCUCUACGCCUCUCUAGGCGAAGAUGAUCUGUUCUACGGAACGUGGCGCCGCCGCUGCCAGUUUGUGGAAACCAAUGCCGCAUUAUCCUAUGAGCAACACGGCAUGUGGGAAAAGGCCCAGCGCAUGUACGAAACAGCGCAGAUCAAGGCCAGAACUGGCGUCAUUCCCUUCUCCGAGGCGGAAUAUAUGCUCUGGGAGGACCAUUGGGUGCUAUGUGCGCAGAAACUCCAGCAGUGGGAAGUCUUGCAGGACUUUGCAAAGCAUGAGAAUUUCCAGGACCUGCUCUUGGAGUGCGCAUGGCGGAACCCCGAGUACUGGCAGAACCAAGAGAACCGCGACCAGCUGGAUACGCUCAUCAAGGGCGUCAUGGACGCACCGACACCGAGGAGAUCAUUCUUCCAGGCGUUCAUGUCCCUUCUGAAGCUGCACAACAAGCAGGAGAACAUGCCGGACUUUAACCGCGUGGUCGAUGAGGCAAUUCAGCUGUCAAUUAGGAAAUGGCAUCAGCUGCCGAAACGACUCACAGCGGCUCACAUCCCGGUUCUCCAGAACUUCCAGCAGCUCGUUGAGCUCCAUGACGCCAGCGUCAUCUCUCAGAGCCUGAACAGCACAAACGCCAACAAUCUUGACGUCAAGUCGGGCGAGCUGAAGUUGCUUCUUGGGUCGUGGAGGGACAGGCUUCCGAACACAUGGGACGACAUCGUUGCAUGGCAAGAUCUGGUGACGUGGAGACAGCACAUCUUCGGCCUCAUCAACGGAACGUACCUGCAACUUGUGCCUCCGCAGCCGCAGAAUGCGGGGGGCGUCUCGUUUGCGUACCGAGGCUAUCACGAGACUGCAUGGAUCAUCAACCGGUUUGCUCAUGUCGCCAGGAAACACGCGCUGCCGGAUGUCUGCAUCAGUCAGCUGAGCCGCAUCUACACCCUUCCUAACAUCGAGAUCCAGGAAGCAUUCCUCAAGCUGAGGGAGCAGGCCAAGUGCCAUUACCAGAACCCCGAGGAACUGACGAGCGGGCUGGACGUGAUUAACAAUACCAAUCUUAACUACUUCAGCGCGCCGCAGAAGGCUGAGUUCUAUACCCUCAAGGGCAUGUUCUUGGAGAAGCUCAACCAGAAGGAGGAGGCCGACGGCGCGUACGGCACGGCUCUCUAUUUCGACAUCACGGCGGCAAAGGCGUGGGCAGAAUGGGGCUACUUCAACGACAGGAAGUUUAAGGAAAAUCCGACCGACCUGGCGGCGGCCAAGCAAGCAGUCACCAGCUACCUGCAGGCGGCGUCGAGCUAUAAAAAUAACAAGUCCAGGAAGCUGAUCGCGCGGGUUCUGUGGCUGCUGAGCCUCGACGACGCAAACGGCACCAUCUCGCAGGGGUUCGAUGACUUCAAGGGAGAGGUUCUUGUCUGGUGGUGGAUUACGUACAUCCCGCAGCUCCUGAUCGGCCUCGGCCACAAGGAAGCGCCGCGCGUGCAGACCAUCCUCCUCAAGAUUGCGAAGACCUACCCGCAAGCGCUGUACUUCCAGCUCAGGACCAACCGCGAAGACAUGCUCGCGAUCAAAAAGAACCAGGAGGCCAAGGAACGGGCAAGGCGUGGACAGGCCGCGGGCAACAAGUCGGCCGGCUCUCCGCAGCUGACCAAGAAAGACGCGGCGGCCAGCAGCAGCGAUUCCCGACCCGCAACGGCUAACGGAGACGCGGGCGGACAAGCCAAGGUCGAGCCCAAAACCGAAGGCGAAGUUGCGAGCACACCCACGGGACCGUCUUCGACGCCUAACGGGCCGGCACAAGGCGAGCAGUCGGGCAGCUCCCAAAAGAAGCCCUGGGAGCUCACGGAGGAGAUCAUGAGCGUUCUGAAGACUGCUUUCCCCUUGCUGGCGUUGUCGAUGGAGACCAUGGUGGAUCAGAUACAGAAGCAUUUCAAAUGCCCACCUGACGAGGACGCCUACAGGUUAAUCGUCGCGCUCCUCAACGACGGCCUUGCGUACGUCAGCCGUAUGCCAACUUCGUACGCCCGGGAUGUGAAGCUUCCGCCUGCCACGGAGAACAACAUAACGCGUUUCGCCGAGACGAUCCUGCCGAGCCACAUUCGUGGCACGUUCGAAGCGGACUUUGUCAAGGUCAAGCCCACUAUGUAUGAGUACAUCCACAACCUCCGCAAGUGGCGCGACAAGUUUGAGGAGAAGCUCGACCGGCGGGCGACGCCGGUGCCGCUCGAAAGCUUUGCCCAUUACUCGCCGCAUCUAAGCGAGUUCCGGUACCAGAAGUUUGACGAGGUCGAGGUUCCGGGGCAGUACCUACAGCACAAGGACAAGAACCAGGACUUUGUCCGCAUCGACAGGUUCCUGCCCAACGUCGACCUGGUGCGCACUAUAGGAGCGUCCCACCGGCGCCUCAAGAUCCGCGGCCACGACGGCAGCGUGCACGUGUUUGCGGUGCAGCACCCCGCAGCUCGGCACUGCCGCCGGGAGGAACGGAUCCUGCAGCUGUUCGAGCAGCUCAACCAGACGCUGGGCAGCAAGAAGGAGAGCCGGCGGCGGGAUCUGCAGUUCACGCUGCCGCUGAUGGUGCCGCUGGCGCCGCACAUCAGGAUCGUGCAGGAGGACACGACGUACAUCACGCUGCAGGGCAUCUACGAGGAUCACUGUCGUCGGAAUGGUAUCCCCAAGGACGAGCCGGUGCUGUACACGAUGGAGAAGCUGCGGGGGCUGGUGGACUCCAAGGGACCCGUAAGAGACGCGCUUGACCCUAUCCACGGACACGGGCUAACCACUCAUGACUUGCAGAAGCCGGCGGAGCACGCAGUGACGGCGCGUCUGGAGGUGAUGCGGGCGAUCCAGGAGAAGUACGUGGACCACACGGUGGCGCUCGAGUACUUCCAGGGCGCGUUCCCCGACUUCUCCGAGUUCUGGCUCUUCCGGCGGCGCUUCUCGUACCAGCUGGCGGCGGUGACGUUCAUGACGUACAUCCUGCACAUCGACAAGCGGUACCCGCACAAGAUCAACAUCGCGCGCGGGUCGGGCAACAUCUGGGCGUCGGAGCUCAUCUCGUUCAUGGCGGCCAACCGGCCGUACUUCCACAACCAGGAGCCCGUCCCCUUCCGGCUCACGCCCAACCUGCAGACGCUCAUGGGCCCGCUCGCGACCGAGGGAAUCUUUGCCUCGUCGGUCAUGGCCAUCGCCCGCUGCCUGACGGAGCCCGAGUUCCAGCUCGAGCACGCCCUCACCCUCUUCGUGCGCGACGAGAUGAUGUUCUGGUUCACCAGCUCCCACCGCUCGGCUCCGCUCACCGAGAACCAGCUGCGCGAGACCGUCCAGGCCAACAGCGAUAUGAUCGUGAAAAAGGCCGUGUCGCUGGCCCAGGCGCCUGCGGGGAAUCUGCCCGCGCACCAGACGGUUAUUGACCUGAUUGCGAAGGCGGUCAAUCCGAUGAACUUGGCUAUGUGUGAUGCGUUGUGGAUGCCGUAUUUGUAA